UCAAAUAUUCGUUUCAAUCGGUGAAUUCUCUCGCCGUUUUCCCUUCACUGAUUAUCUCCCCAAAUAUCGACGUGGUGUCGCGCGAUCUCGGCAAAUUAUCAGGUUAUCGCCCCGUCCCAUCAUGGACGACACGAGGUUGCUGCACAAGUACUAUCGAGCGUCCGGAUACGGUUUAAACUCGCUGAUGUACAAAUUCCUGAUCGCCGAUUACCAUCUCAAACAUCUCUUCAAUUUGAACGCUUACUGCGGUGCGGUGACAUUCGCCACGUUCAUCUUCGCGGUGGUUAUGGCCGUUUGUUCGAUCAUGAGUUUAAAUACGGUGACGUCCAACGACACACUUUUUCGCGAAUUGUUUCGGAGAGCGGAGAAGAAGUUACCGCGGAUGGAGAGCGUCGUUAGCAUCGUGCCGCCGUACAAGUGCAUUCACAAGCAUCUGCAGCGGAUGACCGUGUUCCAAACGAAGACAAAGAAAACGUUAUGCAAAGAGCAACUCGAGCUGGAAAUAAUGAACAGCAAGAUGUCGUGCAUCGAGAAGCUAUUGAAGCCGGAGGAGCAAUCCGAGUGGCGUCGCAGCAGAUCGCCGAAAUUGUACCACCGACCGAUCAAUGCGGAAACGUUCAAAUAAGAAUACGAAUAAACGGAAAAGAGAGCGGGGCGGUGUAACACACGCGGAAAAACAAAAACAAAAAUAAAAAGCAAGCAUUAAAAUUCGACGCGAUUUUGUUGUCUGGUAAUGUCGGAGCGUUGCGCGUUAAUUGAUCCGUAUAAAUGUAAUAAUCGUUGUACGACGGCGCGUCACGUUUUAAACGGCCGCAUAAAUCUCGCAAAAUAUAGCGAAGUAACAGAUUUACAUACAUUCUCAUUAAUUGUAGCAUUAAAUAAUGGCUGUGAUUUGAUAAACG